AUGGUUCAGUCACUGUUGAGUCUCUCCCAGUCGAUCUCGAGGCUGCCGAGUCGGAUGGCGACUGCCGGCUGGCGGCCACAGCCCAAACCUUGUCACGCAACCAUGACAUCACUCGCACCACCGCUCCGGGCAGCCCAGCCAACUCCACGCUGUCGAUCUUCUCAGCUGGACAUUCUCAGAUCUUCAAGGUAUCCGGGCGAUCCGAAAACAGCUGGCCCCGGCCCCAGCAAGGCUGCAUCUCAUAGAGCCUUGAGCCUCACCUCCGCCUCGACCAUCCGGCCUCCGCAGGAACGACCAGUUGCCCAGUCGGCAGGCAUCAGGAGGACCGUUAAUUACCAGUCUGACCAUCUGGGGCUCUUGGUUGAGUUCGGCAAGGGCCGCUCUAGCAAAUUUGAUCACAUCUGGCUUCGCGAUAACUGCCGGUGUGAGAAAUGUUUCCACCCGCACACUAAACAGCGUCAGCUAGACACCUACCAAAUUCCUUUGGAUAUCCAACCUACUCGGGUGGACUUGGAAGCUGAGGGGUUUUCAUUAACGUGGCCAGAUGGACACAGGAGCUUCAUCAGGCUCUCCUUCUUGCUGCAACACUCAUACGACCCGCCUCUCAGUCCGGCCAGACACCCGUCGGCCACCCAAGUGCGCAAGACGAAGUACUUAUGGGACAAUACGAUCAUCAAUUGCAUGCCGAGCGUCAGCUUCAACGACAUCUUUUCCACAGACGAAUUGACCUGGAAAGGCGAUUUCUACGUCCUCGAAUGGCUCCGCAAGAUCGACAAAUACGGCUUUUGUUUAGUGGAUGAUGUCCCCCCGACCCCGGAAGCUACGAAGGAGCUGUUGAAAAAAAUAGCCUUUAUCCGGGAAACCCACUACGGUGCUUUUUGGGACUUUACCGCCGACAUGGAGCACGGAGACACAGCAUAUACCAACUUGCCACUCGGCGCACACACCGACACGACGUACUUUUCCGACCCGGCCGGGCUGCAGCUGUUCCAUCUGCUGUCUCCAUCCACCUCACACGAGGGCGGCAAGUCGCUACUGGUUGACGGCUUUGCGGCGGCGGCGAAGCUGCGCCGGGAGCAUCCGGAGGCGUACCGAGUCCUGUCCGAGGUCCCGAUCGACAGCCACGCCUCCGGCGGCGCACACGUUGCCUUCCGGCCCCUCCUGCCCCAGCCCGUCCUCUCCCACCAUCCCCGCACCGGCGAACUCACCAUCAUCCGCUGGAACUCCGACGACCGGCUGCCCCUCGUCGCGCGCUCGGGCCCUGAAGUCAAACAACUCUAUCUCGCUAUCAGAGAAUGGGAGAAGAUUAUCAAGAGCGAUCGGAUGGAAUUGUGGACUCAGAUGAGAAUGGGUCAAGCCUUGAUUUUCGAUAACCAUCGAGUGCUGCAUGGGCGCUCAGGCUUCCAAGGGUCGAGGAGGCUAUGCGGCGGCUACGUGAAUGGGGAUGAUUACCGCUCCAGGUUGAUGUCACUGGAACAAAGACUGCUGACCAGCUCCCCGGAAUCCAUGAAGCACCAGUCAUGA